AACAGUAUUAAUACCGUAAUGUACCUAAACCACGGUAAACCGAAAAACCGGAAUACCGACCCAUCCCUAAUGUCCAGGGAAUCUCUAUUACGAGAAUGCUUGAUGUGUGACCCUGUCACCAGCACCCUGUGUGUACUGCUCUUUGAACCUCCUGGCUUUCAGUCGUCGACUUUAUGUCUCAGUGGUAACCAUCCCUGCAUCAUCUGAGACUAAAGGGUCCUAAAAAACAGCCAUUAUGCAAAAUCGCUAAUAUAUUUUCUCUGGUGUUGUUUCUUUUAUAAAAUUUAGAAACAGAUAAUCUGAAGAGACUUGUGUGCAGUGUUUGAGAUGUUUGCGUGUUCUUUGUUAACAGACCCAAGAAGAGAGAGUUUGUACUGCACUAUUGGAGUCCCUGUUAUGCAGUCCCCACUUGCUCCUGUGGUUUUUAACCUUGUACUCUAUUUCCCAGGUGAUGGCUGUGGGCACACACUUCUGGGCCCCAACAGUGGGACUCUGUCAUCAAUCAAUUACCCCCAGACUUACCCCAAUGGCACCGUGUGUGAAUGGGAGAUCAGAGUGAGACCUGGAGAGAGGGUUACAUUUAAGUUUGCAGACUUUGACAUUGAAGAUUCAGAUUCUUGCCACUUUAACUACUUGAGGAUAUACAAUGGCAUUGGUCCUACAAGGACUGAGAUAGGCAAAUACUGUGGACUGGGUGUGCAGUGGGACCAUCUGAUUGGCUCCGCAGGGAAUGAAGUCACUGUCCAGUUCAUGAGUGGUACACAUGUUUCGGGGCGGGGCUUUCUUCUCUCCUACUCAACCACAGAUCAUCCAGAUUUGAUUACUUGCUUGGACAAAGGAAGCCACUUUACUGAGCCAGAAUUCAGCAAAUACUGCCCUGCUGGAUGCUUGACUGCUUUUGGGGAGAUUUCAGGGACCAUUCCUCAUGGAUACAGAGAUUCGUCCCUGCUGUGUAGAGCAGGUAUUCAUGCUGGGGUCGUCUCCAAUGUCCUUGGUGGGCAGAUAAAUGUUGUCAACAGCAAAGGCAUCCCAUACUACGAGGGCUCUCUCGCAAAUAAUGUCACGUCCAAAGUAGGUCCUCUUUCUGCCAGUCUCUUCACUUUUAAGACCAAUGGCUGCUAUGGGACUCUGGGGCUAGAGUCUGGAGUUAUCCGAAAUGCACAGAUCACAGCAUCCACAGUGCUUCAAUGGGAGCACCGCAAUGGGCAGCCAACUGUGUGGGGGCCAGAGGGGGCCAGGCUGAAGAAACCAGGCCCUCCCUGGGCUGCAUUAGAUACCAAUGAACACCAAUGGCUGCAAGUGGAUUUGAAGAAAGAGAAAAGAAUAACAGGCAUAUCAACUACUGGAUCAACCAUGUCAGAUUACUCCUAUGUCUCUGGUUAUCGAGUGCUGUACAGUGAAGAUGGGAAGAAUUGGAAUGUGUUCAGGGAAGCCAAUGCAGACCAUGACAAGAUUUUUCAAGGAAACGUCAAUUACUUUCAGGAAGUCCGCAAUAACUUCAUCCCCCCUAUCGAGGCCCGGUAUGUCCGGAUUAACCCACUGCAGUGGCACCAAAAGAUAGCAAUGAAGGUGGAACUGCUGGGCUGCCAGCCAUCUUCAGGGAGGGCCCCGAUGCACACCCCACUCCCCAAGAUCAGCACUGACUUUCCAGUUCAGUUACACAAGACAACCUUCACCCCAGACAUCAGAAACACCACGGUGACUCCCAGUGGAACCAAAGACGUGGCCUUGGCGGCAGUCCUAGUUCCUGUGUUAGUGAUGGGUCUCACUGCACUCAUUUUAGUCCUGGUUUGUGCCUGGCACUGGAGAAAUAGAAAGCAGACUGCUGAAGGGACCUAUGACUUGCCAUACUGGGAUCGGCCAGGCUGGUGGAAGGGAAUGAAGCAGUUCUUGCCAGCAAAGGGUCCGGAGGUGGAGGAAUCCCUCGUCCGAUACAGCAGCACUGAAGUGAGCCGCCUGAGAGCGAGAGACGUGGGCCCCUUGUUACAGACAGCAAAAGCAGAAUAUGCACAGCCUUUGGUAGGAGGAGUUGUGGGAACACUUCGCCAGCGAUCUACUUUCAAGCCUGGGGAGGGUGUUGACUCCAGCUAUGUGGACCCUGACCCCUACGAUGCACCGCUGCAGGAGAUAUACCAUGCUUAUGCAGAACCACUCCCGGCAUCAGGAGCGGAAUACGCCACACCGAUCAUCAUGGACAUAUCCAGCCACCUGGCAGGAACUGUGAGCCAGCCACCCAUAUCCACCUUCAAAUCACCAGGCAGUACACUUCUAUCCAGGACAGACAGCAGUGUUUCCACUGGGCAUGUGCAGUAUGACACCCCCAAGGGGACCCACAGCCCAACCCCUGCUGCUGAGGAGCUGGUCUACCAGGUACCUCAGAGCAGUGUCCAGAAAGGGUUGACAAUGGCUGACAAGUGUGAAUCAAGGGUGGGGGAAAAGAAAAUUGUGAGUAAUGAAUUUUGAUCACUGAAGCCUAGGUCAUUUUUAAAGCACACAACCUUAUUUUAUAUUCACAGAUCACACUUUCUUUAGGAAGGAGUAAGCCCUGAUCCAGUCCUACUGAACUGAAUGUUAGCCAAGGGGGAAGGUUACUUCCCAAUUUUUGCAUUUUUUUUUUUUUUUUUUUUUUUCUCAUUUCAUUUUUUUGUACAGUCCUUUCUGAUGAAACUGUGAUGACAAAAUAUUUUUUUCUAAUACCUAUCAAAGAAUUUACAUUUAAUAUGAUCAACAUUUGCCGUUUUUUCAUUAUUUUUUUUAAUUAUUUUAUUUAUUUUAAACUCCAAAGGUGGCAUUUUAUGUCCACGCCAGCAGCUUUGGAAGUCACGACACACAUAUAAAGUAGACGUUUCACGGUGGUAUUAAGUUUUAGAUGUGUCUGCUGCUCUGAGAUGAGAAUAUAUCUCCUUUACUGGCAAAAAUUCACCUUUUUUUUUUUUUAUUUUACUGGCAACAAUCUUGUCUCAGCAUCCAAACUCAGACAAUAUAAGCAGUUGUCCUUUUCUUUUAAUAGAUUGAUUUUUAUACUAUUUUAAUAGUUGAUUUUAUAAAGAUAAAGUAUUACAUAGUUAAACUGAAAACACAAUGAACUUUUUAGGAGCUGUUACGGUUUAGGUUGUUAGACCUUCAGCUACGGUAUUGACUGGAAACUAAGUGUUUAACUGUAGACCUAAAUUAAGUAAUAAAGGUAAAGAGAAGAAAAACACAUUGGUACUUGCUAACAAGGACAGCUGCUUAAAAAUGUGAGAAGCAUGUAAGUUACUUGUGUUUUAUUACAUACUUUGACUACUUGCAUCACGUUUUAAAGAAAUCAGUUUGCCAAUUGCGUAAUUCUUUCCAAAUACUCAGUCCAAUAUAGAAAGGCUAUUAUUCCCCUACUAGAAUGCCCUCUUUUUAAUUUGGAGACUAAGGCCAAAGGAUUUAAGUAAAUAAUUCUUGCUAUAAUGUGUGUCUUUAAGUAUCUGUGUACUAAUUUUAUUGAAUCUGUUUUGCACUGUUUUUCUAGCGAUUUUACUGUGUUGUGCAGAAUUUUGCAUUUAUGCCAUUUGUUUGAAGGCGGUACAGACUCAUUUUGUGGAAUUGGAUUUCCCCUGGUUUAAAAGGGCGAUAAAUGGUGUUUUGUUGUCACUGCGAAACACUGAUUACACAUGCCUAUAAUGUAGAUGCCUAUAUGUACUGUACUGCCUGUUACAUUCCCUCUGCAUACACACAUACAAACCUGCAACUUGUGGUUCCAUCACUGGAAUUAGAAAUGGUUUGCCAUGCAUAUUACUAGAUGCAAACCUUAGUUUUCAGUUCUUUGUGAAUAAUGCCCUGUUACAACAUCAUUAAGAACUUAUGAAGUGGACAUUGACCUGGUCUUGUUAAGUUUUACUUGUUUUUGUGUGUUUGGUAGACUUGAAAGCAAAUAGCAUGGGUUUUGGGUGAAGUAUUACAGCAGAGUUGCAUUUUAGCUGUUGACUCCACACAGCCAUCUUCAUUUUUUAAAUAUUGGGAUUUCGGGGAGCUUUAUAUAAUAUAAUACAGUACAGAAUACAUGUACAGAAUUGUGCAUGAGCAAAUAUCUCAAUGUUCCGUAUAGGCAGAAUCUCUUGCAAAAAAGAAAGUCUUCACUCUAAAUUUGAAAAUGUGAAUAGUUCCUGAAACUGAAUGUAUUUGGCAUUAAAUGGCACAUCUUCCAUCCACGCUAGAAGCUCUGUUGGAUAGUUUGGAGCAAUCAGAUGUCUGGAAACAGACAGGUUCAAGAGAAGGAAAAAAGGAUUUUGCAGCAACAGGUGGUUUUAAGAAGUUACUGUAGAAACUUUGUACUGAAUAUAUAGCAUACGUAACAAUUAGGAUGUAUUUAUCUUCUGAUGUUUUAAUAAUUAACAAAAGUGUCAUGACAAGCCAAAGAAUGCAGUGCUCUGCAUGAAACUGUAAUUGUAACACAAUUCAAGUGUAUAAGAGUGUCUGGUACCAACAGAUAUAUCAGAGUACCAUUUUGAGGAUUGACAGCUAAAUGUGUUUUUAAGAAUGAUAUUCUUUGCUUUUUUACAUUAAAUAUUAAUACUGUGAUUCUACUAAAACCUACAUGCAUUUUAAAACAGACAUAUAAACAUGCAUGUAAUACUUUGAGUUCAAAUACUCAACUGGCACUGGCAGCCAGAUUUCCAAAUAGGAACAUGGUUGUAAAGUAGACUGGUAUGUCAUUUAAUCACUUUUUAUGUAUUUAAAAGUCAGCAACAAAAAUGCACCAUGUUUUGAAUACUUAUAAAGUAGGAAGCACAUUGUCCCUUUAACUAUUAAAAUAAAAACUGCAAAGGUUCAGUAGAAAAUAGAGACUAUUCCUAAUGUUUUAUAGCAUGUGAUUGGAUGGUAAAUAUAUUUACAGCUUGCUUUAUCGGUUGUCAAAGCAACAUACCCUCCAGCAUUGACUCGGUAGAUCAGUUACAUUUGUUUGCAAUUUUCUGUAGGACUUUGAAAUGACAAAGGUUGACUUUGUAUGUUAGUGAUGUGAAAUUAACACAAGGGUUAAAUGUGAUGCACUGUUUAACUGCACUGUAGACAAGAUGGCAAGAAACAAUAACUGUCCUCUGUUGUAAUCUAGGAAACUGUUGCGUAGCCCGUAUUUAUUUAUGCACAUUUUCAGUAUGUUUCCAUAGAAGACACUGAUAUGAUUUGAUAAGAUAUCUGGGGGUUACAGAAGGAGUUAAGCACUAGGAGUUAAUGUGUUUUGUUUUGUUUUGUUUUUUUUGGAGGUUGUAUUAGCUUUGAAUUCAUGGACAAUUUACAUAGUGCAUUUUUUAUAUUUGAUAUGAUGUCAACUGUCUAAGGUUCUUUGCAGUAAUCCAGCCAUAUGUAGACAAGUAUAUUAUCAGAAAUGAUGUACCGUCACAAUUUUCUUUAAUGUCCUAUUUCAUUUUUUUGUGCAGCUGAAGACCGAAUAUGAUUUCAGCUUUCCAGCACAAAGACCAUAUACAAAUUCAGGGACAGAACAUUGUGGUUUCAGUGUGGUUCUCUUGCAAACUGAGCGCACACACACACACGCACACACAUACAUACAUACACACACACACACAAAUACACAAAUUAAUGCCAAUUAUUUUUAAGCAGCAGUGGUGUUUUAAAGUACUUCAUUUGCUUACACAGCCAAAAAGCUUUUAACCAGAGUCAUUUUGUGUCAGCAGUUUCCUGAGCAUUAUGGUCUUACUGAAAAUUUAAAUGCUUCCAAAUCUUUUUUCCCUUCAUGAUCCUAAAGCAUCAUAAAAUCAGAAUGAAGAGAGUACUGGCAAGUGUUUUAAAGUGAGUCCCCUAAAUGUACGUUUGUCACUGAAUUUUUCAUUUUGAAUGUAUUAGAGGAAUCAGUUGCAGGUCAUGGCUAAUCUUUCUUUUCAAUUGGUCCGUUCCUUAGUGAAGUGAACACUUGCAGUGUACUAUCUUCUGUUCUGUGCUGAAUGGAAAUCAAGGAGCAGUUUGUAAAAGAGGGUGUGACAUAGAUUAGAGAGUACAUAACAUCAUUUCAAAUCUGCCUUCAAUGCGGCUGACCUGAAGUUGGUGACACUUUUUUCCCCUUUUUUGUGUAGUUACAUUUGAAGACCUGCAUUUGGAUGUUUCAGUUUGCAAAAAAAAAAAAAAAAUCUUUAUGGUCUUAUAACUGUGGUUGGUUGAAAAACAGCGAGUACAGAAGCAAAGUCAGCACAAGGUGAAAUGUAAAAAGCGUCGCACGACAUGGUUCAGUUAUCGGUGAAUCUUUCGCAGAAUGUAUCUCGUCUUACCUCGGCAUGCGCUGCAGUCAACCCAUAUUUGUAUAUGUUGGUGGAAUUUAGAUUGUAUAGAGAAGUUUUUUUUUUUUGUUUGUUUUUAUAAAUGUAUGUGUUUAAAUAAAAAUGUAAAGGAAAUAGAUUUGAUUUACCUUGUUUUGCAUUUUAAAAGUUUUUUCUCCAAUGUUAGCCAUUUAUGUAAGCAGUGUGUCCGUCGCACACUGUACUUCGUGUAGUCUGUUGGAAAUUAAUGUACUGCUAUAAAAUCAGGCUAAAAGAAAAAAAAGUAAUUUACUGAAAGGAACAUUUUCUUAGAGACAUCCAAGUAAUAUGUUUUAUAGAUGCCCAAUUCAUAUAUUACAUGACUGUAUUUGAGGAAUUCACUUUAAUUCAUACAGCUUUUGUAGGAUGUCAUUGUGCCCUCAGGAAAGCAGUCAUGUCUGAAAUGUAAUUAUUCAGUCUAGUCAAUUGUAGACGAUAAAUCACAUUGUUUCUAUGUAUACAACUAUUGACAGUUUCCAAGUAACUAGUAGAAAGCAACAUGGUUGAGGUCAAAUAAAAUGGUAGUCCAAAUA